AUGCCCGAAAAAGUCCUCAACACACCAUACCCCGUGAUCGACAUCGACCCGCACUUUACGCGCGUUGUGCGGUAUUUCCGGGCGAGCGACUAUGCGACGUGGGGCGCGACGACGGUGGGUGUUCCAGGCGCUUUGUUGGUUUGGGGCAACGCCAUCCAGAUCGUCACCCGCAGAAUGGUGGCUGGGAUGCGCGUGGCGGCGUUCUUAGGCGCGUGUGGCGGGUUUUUGUUGGCGUAUCAGAAUUCUAGUAUGCGUUUCCUCGGCUUCACCGAAAACGCGCGCGAAGCCCAGAUGGAUCUUAUCGAGCUCUCCCAGCGCGCGAGGGAGGGCAAACCCCUCUACGGAGAAUCCCACCAGAGCCCCUGGGUACAGGGCGCGGCACAUAGGAAUUCGGUUUUUUCGAUGUUGAAGUUUUCUGCGUUCCCGAUGUUCAACUUCGUCAACCACCCCCAUCACGGCGUCGACACGUCGAAAUACGGCGUCGGAGUCGGGGCGAAGGAGGUGGAGGUUGGGGAUGCGAAGGAGGCGGAGGUGUAG